AUAAGUACAGGAAAAAAAAAAAAAAACAUAACUAAGGGAAAAAAAAAUUGGAAAAUGAAAACAAAAGUGUGCUGGUAAUGCAAGAAAGUGGUAGUUUGAGACGAACUAGAUUGGUAGACGGAAGGAACUGGAGACUUAAGAGAGAGAGAGAGAGACCGUUGGGUUUGGGUGGCGCUUCGAAAGUAGCAUCACCGGUGAAGCCUUCCACUGACUACAAGAAAUCUCAUAAAGAGAAAAUUUCAAAUUCAAAUUUUGAAAUCCCAUCAUCAAUCACAGCAAAUGCCUCUUCUUCCAUGUAUAUAUACCCUCCCAUUGCUUCUAUUUAGUAUCAAUUCAUAGAUCGUCCCCCACUCUUCCACUGUUUCGUUUCUUUCCUGGGGUGAAUACUUACUAGAGUCCAGAAUGCGUGGUACUAAGUCUUCAAAGAAACAUUCUUUAUUGAAGUGUCAAUAUGAAAAGAUUGAACCAAACAAUGAGAAGAGGAGGAGGAGACAGAAAAGGAAGAAGGCUAGAAAUGAAGAGUUAGAUGAAGCUUCUCGAUUACAGAGGAGAACAAGGUAUCUCUUGAACCAAAUGAAACUGGAGCAGAACCUUAUUGAUGCUUAUUCUGGUGAAGGCUGGAAAGGACAGAGUCGAGAAAAGAUUAAGCCAGAAAAUGAACUUCAAAGGGCGAAGAAACAGAUUUUGAAGUAUAAGCUUGGUAUUCGAGAUGCCAUUAGACAAUUGGAUUCCCUUAGUUCGGUAGGAAGUAUCGAAGAUUCUGUUAUGGCUCCUGAUGGAUCUGUUUACCAUGAACAUAUAUUUUGUGCAAAGUGUAAGUUACGUGAAGCUUUUCCUGAUAAUGAUAUUAUACUCUGUGAUGGAACAUGCAAUUCUGCUUUUCAUCAGAAAUGUCUUGAUCCUCCAUUGGACACUGAGAGUAUUCCACCGGGAGAUCAAGGAUGGUUUUGCAGAUUUUGCGAGUGUAGAAUGGAAAUUCUAGAAGCAGUUAAUGCUCAUCUCGGGACAUAUUUUUCCAUGAAUAAUAGUUGGGAGGAUGUUUUUGAGGAGGAAGCUGCUUUGCCUGAAGAUGCAAAUGCAUCACUUCAUCCAGAUGUGGAAUGGCCUUCAGAUGAUUCUGGAGAUGAAAAUUAUGACCCAGAGAGAAAAGAAAAUAGCAGCAGCAUUAGUGGUGAAGAUACUGAUGACCAUGUGUGGGAGGGUGAAUUUUCUACUGAUGGUAGUGUUGGAUCAGACGAAUCAGAUGGUGGCAUAGUAUGUGGCCGCAGGCAGAGAAGAGAUGUUGAUUAUAGAAAGUUAUAUGAUGAAAUGUUUGGGAAAGAUGCUCCUCCAUGUGAGCAAAUUAGUGAAGAUGAAGAUUGGGGUCCUUCCAAAAGAAAGCGAAGAGCGAAAGAGUCUGAUGCUGCUAGUACCCUUAUGACACUUUUUGAAAGUGAGAAAGUAAAUUCAGAUGUUGAUGUUGAGGAAGUGGAAGGGCAACUCCCUCCUGAAGCACAAAUUAGGAGGUCAUUUUUCAGAAUUCCUCGGAUCGCUGUUGAGAGGCUUCGUGAAGUUUUUGCCGAGAAUGAACUUCCAUCUAGAGAUGUGAAGGAGAAUCUUUCGAAGGAAUUAGGCCUUGAUUCUGAAAAGGUUAGCAAAUGGUUCAAAAAUGCUCGUUAUUUAGCUUUGAAAACAAGGAAGGCAGAGGGAGUCAAACAGGUUCACACUUUGACUCCUGGAUUACCUAAGCAUCCAAGAUUUGAAAAUAUGAUGAAAGAAGCUCCAGAUCUUGUUAUGUCAGACAAUACCUCAACAGAAACUGUGGUUCAUGUUGUAAAGAAUAAGAAGCUGUCUAGAGAAAGCGCCCAAAAUCACUAAGCAGCCCUUCAAAGA